AUGAAACAAUUUUACAAAAAUGUAAAAAUCGUUUUUUUUUUUCUGUUUUCGUGUUUAUUGUAAUACAACUUAAGGUUUACUUUCACAUAAACCCUUUUUCGAAAAAAAAAACGAGAUUCUACUCUAUGUAAGUUCAAAAUUAUAUUAGAGAAAGAUUUAAUGAUUUUUUACAGUACCGUCUUUCUUUUUAGUAUCACCGAAGUAAAAAUUCAAUUGUUUUCUUUUAUUGUAACACUGCAGCUGUUUCAUGUUUUGAUAUUUCUGAUCGCCAUUCAUUUCACCUGUUGGUUGAUCCCAUACGCGAGUACGUGA